AGAGACUGUCCUUGUCUUGGACUCUUAGCCCUUCUCCUAUCUCGCAGUCUGUAUCCCAUCGUCGUACUGCUAUCGUCUGCCCUUCAGUGUGCAUACGUCUACCAUGUCUAGCGAAAAGGUCGGCGAGAAGGCCGCAGAGGAGUACUCCUACCAGGAGGAGGGCAAUGGCAAGAUCCCCAACCUCAACUCGAAUCUGUCUGCCAAGAUCAAGAACCCGCUGCUUGGGAUCCCCGAGGAACAGCUUAUGGCAGAUGUCGAGCGGUUUGCUGAAGAAAAGGAUCUAACGGAUAUUCUACCGCUGCUUAAGCAUGGUGCUAUUGCGGCGCAGAACCCGACUGAAUACGAGACACAAAAAGGACUGACGGAUGAGGAGCGCGAUGUGCUCCGCUUCGAAGUUACACACAAGUGGAAACAACCAUUUGCGCUGUACUUCACUAUCGUCCUUUGUUCUAUUGGUGCUGCUGUCCAGGGGUGGGACCAAACUGGAUCGAAUGCCGCCAACUUGUCAUUCCCGAACCAAUUUGGAAUUGGCACACAGUCGGAGCGCGACACAUUCCUUGUUGGUCUCGUAAAUGCUGGUCCUUACAUCGGCUCGGCGUUGAUCGGUUGUUGGCUAUCAGAUCCGCUUAACAACUUCUUUGGUCGUCGUGGCGCAAUCUUUUUCGCGGCUAUCUUCUGUUUCCUACCGGUCAUCGGCGGUGCCUUCGCCCAGACAUGGGAGCAGCUUCUCGUCACUCGUCUACUUCUCGGAAUUGGAAUGGGUGCUAAGGCAUCUACUGUACCUAUCUUCGCAGCCGAGAAUUCGCCAGCCUUGAUUCGCGGCAGUCUUGUUAUGACAUGGCAGUUGUGGACUGCAUUUGGUAUUUUCCUUGGUACUGCAGCUAACUUGGCUAUUGAAGGCACGGGCAGGAUUGCUUGGCGCCUGCAGAUCGGGUCAGCAUUUAUUCCUGCUCUUCCGCUCCUCAUUGGUGUCUACUUCUGCCCAGAGUCUCCUCGUUGGUACAUGAAGAAAGGUCGUUAUCGUAAUGCAUACGAAUCCCUUCUGAAAUUGCGCAAUCAUCCAUUGCAGGCGGCUCGUGACCUGUACUAUGUUCAUGCGCAAUUACAGAUUGAAUCUGAAUUCAUUGGUCAAUCUAACUACAUUACCCGUUUCAUCGAGCUCUUCACCAUUCCCCGCGUCCGCCGCGCCACCCUCGCGUCGUUCGUCGUCAUGUUGGCACAACAGAUGUGUGGUAUCAACAUCAUCGCCUUCUAUUCGUCGACAGUGUUCGCGGAGGCCGGCGCAUCCCAAAAGGCAGCGUUGCUUGCGUCGUUCGGUUUCGGUGCUGUCAACUUCGUAUUCGCAUUCCCCGCACUUCGCACGAUCGACUCCUUUGGACGUCGCUCGCUCCUGUUGUUCACCUUCCCGCAGAUGGCAUGGACUCUUCUGGCUGCUGCUUUCUGCUUCUACAUUCCAAGGGAGAGCAAAGCGCACCUUGGUCUCAUCGCGCUCUUCGUCUUCCUUUUCGCAGCUUUCUACUCACCAGGUGAAGGUCCAGUGCCGUUCACAUACUCUGCAGAAGUAUUCCCGUUGUCGCACCGUGAAGUCGGAAUGGCUUGGGCAGUCGCAACUUGUCUCUUCUGGGCUGCCGUGCUUUCGAUCACAUUCCCUCGCAUGCUGGCCGCAAUGACUCCAACAGGUGCGUUCGGUUUCUACGCCGGCCUCAACAUGGUUGCGUUCGUCAUGAUUUUCUUCUGGGUACCCGAGACGAAGCAACGUACACUCGAGGAGCUUGACUACAUUUUCGCCGUCCCGACGAACAAGCAUGCUUCGUACCAGCUCACAGUAUGGCUCCCGUGGUUCAUCAAGCGCUACAUCCUCGGGAAGAAGUCAGCGCGUCUUCAACCGCUUUACCAGUUCGAAGGUGUUGCUGAAAGCGAGAGCGACCUCAUACAUGGAAAGCACGAAAAGCAAGAAGAGUAGCUCCCCUCACUUGCUCUGGCUUGCUUUCCACAUCAUUGCAUAUACGUUGAAACACAACGUACAUAAUCCGUUCGGGUUACGGUAAUGAUAAUUGUAUCCAUCAUGACUGAUGACCAUAAUCUUAUUUUACCCCUUCUCAUGCC